UAGUCUUUCUUUUUCCAGUGCAGCGGACUUAAGGCCACUGCCGUUUGACUCCAGGCUCCGGCUUCGGAGACUAAAAAGUCUGCAAAAUGGGAUUCGUUAAAGUAGUGAAGAACAAGGCCUAUUUCAAGAGGUACCAGGUGAAAUUCAGGAGGAGGAGAGAGGGAAAGACUGAUUACUUUGCCCGCAAACGCCUGGUGCUCCAGGACAAGAACAAGUACAACACACCCAAGUACAGGAUGAUUGUCCGCUUCUCCAACAGGGACAUCAUCUGUCAGAUCGCCUACGCCAAGAUCGAGGGAGACGUGAUCGUGUGCGCCGCGUAUUCUCAUGAGCUUCCCAAGUACGGCAUCACUGUGGGUCUGACGAACUACGCGGCAGCCUACUGCACCGGACUGCUCCUCGCCCGCAGGCUGCUGAACAAAUUCGGGCUGGACAAGGUCUACGAGGGCCAGGUCGAGAUCACCGGAGACGAGUUCAACGUGGAGAGCCUCGACGGUCAGCCCAGCGCCUUCACCUGCUACCUGGACGCCGGCCUGGCCAGAACCACCACCGGCAACAAGGUGUUCGGAGCCUUGAAGGGAGCCGUGGACGGAGGUCUGUCCAUCCCUCACAGCACCAAACGUUUCCCGGGCUACGACCCCGAGAGCAAAGAGUUCAACGCCGAGGUCCACCGCAAGCACAUCUUCGGCCUGAACGUGGCGGAGUACAUGAGGAUCCUGAUGGACGACGACGAGGAGGCCUACAAGAAACAGUUCUCUCGCUUCAUCAAGAACGGCGUCACCCCCGACAGUGUGGAGGAAAUGUACAAGAAGGCGCACGCGACCAUCCGUGAGAACCCCAUACACGAAAAGAAGCCCAAGAAGGUCGUCAAGAAGAAGAGGUGGAACCGUGCCAAGCUCACAAUCGGUCAGAGGAAAGACCGUGUCGCACAGAAGAAGGCCAGUUUCCUUCGUGCUCAGGUUACAGAGGAGGACUAGAUCACAUCCCCUCCCGGAUUUUUCAGAAAUUUGUUCUAAUAAAAUCUAUUGAAAAAAAACCCAAAAA